UUUGUUCUUUUGUCUCUUUGUGGUGCUUUUGUCUCUUUGUUGUUGUUUUGUGUCUCUGUUGUUGUUUUGUGUCUCUUUGUGGUGCUUUUGUCUCUUUGUUGUUGUUUUGUGUCUCCUUGAGUAAGGGAGGCAGAGAGAGAUAUGUGAUAUGUGGAGGUAGAGAGAGAGAAUAAGGGAGUAGAUGAAGGAGAGGAGGUAGGAAAGGAGAAAAGGAAGGUGACAGAGAGAGGGAGAGACACAGGGAGGAGGGGGUAAAAAGCGAGGGAGGGGGUAACUACAAAUAGCCGGGGGCAGUAAGUUCUUCCUCAGUGCUCCCCUCUGCUGCAGCCCUCAUCAGCCUCUCUGUGUCUUCCAACAUGGCCUCCUACAGCUCCUCCGCCCAGUCCGCCUCCUCCUACCGUCGCCACUUCGGCCACGGCACCUACGCCUCACCCUCCCUCAACCGCUCGCUGCUGGGCCACAGUGGCGGCGGCGGCGGGGGCCAUCUCUCCUCCAGGGUCUAUGAGGUGACCCGGACCAGCUCCACGCCAGCCUACCGGGUCUCCUCCAGCUACUACGGCAAACCCCUGAUGACCUCCCGGGCUUCCGUCGGCCGCUCCUACGCCGGCAUGGGCGAGACGCUGGACUUCAGCCUGGCCGACGCCCUCAACCAGGAGUUCCUCACCACACGGACCAAUGAGAAGGCGGAGCUGCAGCACCUGAACGACCGCUUCGCCAGCUACAUCGAGAAGGUCCGCUUCCUGGAGCAGCAGAACCAGGCGCUGGCGGUGGAGGUGGAGCGGCUGCGCGGCCGCGAGCCCACGCGCAUCGCCGACCUGUACGAGGAGGAGAUGAGCGAGCUGAGGAGGCAGGUGGAGAUCCUGACCAAUCAGAGGUCGCGCAUAGAGGUGGAGCGGGACAACCUGGCCGACGACCUGGACAAGCUCAAACUCAGACUCCAGGAAGAGAUCCUCCAAAAAGAGGAAGCAGAGAACAACCUGGCUGCGUUCAGGGCGGACGUGGACGCUGCCACUCUGGCCCGUCUGGACCUGGAGAGACGCAUCGAGACGCUGCAGGAGGAGAUCGCCUUCCUCAAGAAGAUCCAUGAAGAGGAGAUCCGUGAGCUGCAGAUGCAGAUGCAGGAGAGUCAGGUGCAGAUCCAGAUGGACAUGUCCAAGCCCGACCUGACGGCAGCUCUGCGAGACAUCAGAGCUCAGUACGAGGGCAUCGCCGCCAAGAACAUCGCUGAGGCUGAGGACUGGUACAAGUCAAAGGUGUCAGACCUGAACCAGGCAGUGAGUAAAAACAACGAGGCGCUGAAGCAGGCCCGGCAGGAGACCAUGGAGUUCAGGCACCAGAUCCAGUCCUACACCUGCGAGAUCGACUCGCUCAAAGGCACCAAUGAGUCCCUGAUGAGGCAGAUGAGGGACAUGGAGGACCGCCACGGACGCGAGGCCGGCGGCUUCCAGGACACCAUCGCCCGGCUGGAGGCGGAGAUCGCCAACAUGAAGGACGAGAUGGCGCGCCACCUCCGCGAGUACCAGGACCUGCUCAACGUCAAGAUGGCGCUGGACGUGGAGAUCGCCACCUACAGGAAGCUGCUGGAAGGCGAGGAGAGCAGGAUCACUUUGCCUGUGCAGAGCUACUCCACCCUGAGCUUCAGAGAGACCAGCCCUGAGCACCCGCAGCGCUCCGCUGAGAUGCAUUCAAAGAAAACUGUCCUCAUCAAGACCAUCGAGACCCGUGAUGGAGAGGUCGUCAGCGAGUCGACGCAGCACCAGCAGGACAUCAUGUAACCAUCUGCAGAGGAGACGAAUAAAAACAAGAAACAACAACACAUCUGCCCGAGUCUGAGUCGGACAGAUGAAGAAAAGAUGCGCAAAUAAAACUAAAAGUAAAAAGACUUGAGUCGUGAUUAUGGCCUGUACUGUGCUGGUGUUAAAGCUCAUAUGUGAAUUUGAAGCAGGGUGGUGUUUCAUUAACUUUAUCAGGGUUUAUUUCUCUCUGCUUUGUGGUGUGUUUUAGCCAAAAGCAACGUAUAUGUGCAGCGAACACAACCCAGUCACCAGAAGACAAUGUUGGCACUGUACGUUUCUGCACACCAUGAAUACCUUUGCACGUUUCAUAUGUAUCACAUCAGUGUUUCUAAAGUGACGUAGUAUGUGAGCUGACCGUCAUCAGGAGGUGGAGGGGAUGGUGGAUGGUGUGACACCUGCCAAGCUGCAGACCACUGUUCAAGACCAACAAACAUCAUCGGGUGUGAUUUGGUGCCACUGCUGUGUUUCCAGCAGAUUUUCAGGCACCAAACGUGGGUGUUUAGAAGCGACCCAUCAUCUGUAUUUCCAGCAAUGAUGAUGCCUCGAAAAGCAGCAGAAUUUUACCCAGACAUCGCCACAUUACUGGCCUCAUAGUGCCUCAAAAAGCAUUCAUUUUUAGCUGUAUUUCCAGCUGGGAUAGUGCUACGAAAAGAUGUUGUUUUAUACCGAAACAUUUCUGUGUUUCCAGUGGGGCUAGUACCACAAAACAUGGAUGCUUUUUAACGAGACAUCCCUGCAUUUCCAGUGUAGAUCUUGCUACAAAACAGUGGCUAUUUUUUACCUAAACAUCACUAGUGUCACGAAAAGUGGGUGUUUCUUAACAAGACAUAGCUGCAUUUCCAGCUGGGAUAUUGCCAAAAAGAUGAGGUUUUUUUAAUGUAAACAUUACUGUGUUUCCAGCGGGAAUAGUGCCACCAAAAGCAAGAGUUUUUUACCAAGACAUCGCCACAUUACUGGCAGGGAUAGUGCAACAAAAAACAUUUAUUUUUAAUUAAAACACUGCUGCAUUUCCAGCUGGGAUGGUGGCAUGAAAAGCAGUUGUUUUUUACUGAGGCAUCAUUACAUUUCCAGCAGGUAUUGCGCCUCCAAGAGCUGUUGUUUUACACCGAAACAUUUCUGUGUUUCCAGUGGGGCUAGUACCACAAAACAUGGUUGCUUUUUAAUGAGACAUCCCUGCAUUUCCAGCGGAUUUCUUGCUACAAAAAUUGACUAUUUUUUACCCAAAAAUCACUAGUGUCAGGAGAAGCGGAUGUUUCUUAACAAGACAUCACUACAUUUCCAGCAGGGAUAUUGCCAAGAAAAUGAUUGUUUUUUUACCUAAACAUAACUGUGUUUCCAGCGGGAAUAGUGCCACAGAAAGACGUUGCUUUUCACCCAGACAUUGCUACAUUACUGGCAGGGAUAGUGCCACAAAAAGGGUUUGUUAUCUACUGAGACACUGCUGCUGUAUUUCAAAUCAAAACAUGAUCUUUUCCUACAAUGCUGCAUUUCCAGCAGAGAUCGCGCCACCAAAAUGGCUGUUUUCUAAAAAGGCAUCACUGCAUUUCCAACACAGACACUGCCCUGAAAAGCGGUUGUGUUUUUUAAUGAGACCACUGCAUUUCUGGCGGGGAUUGUGCCACCUAGACAUCAUGACAUUACUAGCUGGAAUUGCGCCUUGGAAAGCGUAUGCCUUUUACGGAAACAUUGCUGCGUUUCCUGCUGGAGUAUUGCCACAAAUAGUGGUUGUUUUUUAACCCAGACGUAAACAUUGCUGCUUUUCUCGCAGAAAUUGUGCCCUCAAAUUCAGGCGUUUUAAGCCAAAACAUGAUUUUUUCCAAACAAUAACCAAAUGAUUUUUGUACCUAAACAUAACCACACAUCAACCACAGCAUUGUUGAAACAGAACGUUGCGAUAUAAUAACGUGCAAAUGUAUCUAUGGUUUGCAGAAAUGCCAACAUUUCUCAACAAAAACGCCAUCAUUACGGUGGAGGUGGGUCAAGAAGGUCUCGAUAACAGAUAAAAGAUGGAGAUUUUUUGCGGUCUAGUGGCAAAAUAUUAAAAUCACAACAUGCAAAACAGCAUAUUUGCAUCUAAAAGAAGCUGCAAAGUGUAAAAGCAUUUCAGACAGCCUGCUAAAUAAAAUAUUCUGGUGCUGCAUUCACUUCCUGCUCUGCAAUCUAACUUAAAUAUCACAGACGUGCUGUUGUUUCACAUCAACUGAGCUAAUUUGCUUUUGCAUCUCUUUUUUUUUUUAAACCACUCCAGUUGUGCAGAUCGCUUUACUCCCACUCUGAACAUGCACUGCUGCCUUUUUCAAAUUGUGUUAUGAUUCUGCUUCUGGUUUCUUCCUCAAGGUCAGAGUCACUUUUUUGUGCAAUCAGGAGCUCUGAGGAGGACGAAGUGAACUGUAUGUGCGAGUGCUUAUCAAUGAGGGGACGCAGAGAGGACAGAUAAGGAGGAGAUGGAGGGGGAGAUUAAAGGGUGUCUGGAGAUGAAGGCAGAGAUAGGAGGCUGU